UACUUCAACCUAGAAAUUUGUGAAUUUCUUCUGUUUUCGUCAAUGGUAUUUUCAUCAUAAUUUCUUCGAAGUUGUAGUAGUAAUAGUUGGAACAUUUGAUAAUAUGAACUUCAUAAGUAGCUUACUUCCUUCAAAAGAAAUUUAUGAAUUUGAUGAUCUGAACAACGAAAUAGCCAAAGUUGAAGAAGAGCUUGGCAAAUGCUCUGAGGAAAUUUCAUUAUUCUUCGACAAUGUACAACGAGAUAUAGAGGAACAAUGUGAACGAAACGAAAGUCAUAUAAAUCAUACUAAUGAAAUUAAAACCGAACUUCUGAAAUCGGAAAAAACACUCACUGAUAUUCUUCAUGCAGAUUUAAAAACUGCAAAAGAAAAUUUUGAUUCUUUAGUUGAUGAAGUGAAUGAAAUAACAUCAUCCAUAUCUUUCGUUCAUAUAGUGUGUGAAAUUCAUGAAAGAUUGGAAAUGCUGAAAGAAUUUUGUAGUCAUUCUACAGAUUACUUGCAAAUAGUUGAAGUAAUCAACGUUCUAUAUAUGCUUGAUAAUACUUUACCACGUUCACCCAUAAUUCCUUUCAUCGUCAAUCUAAGAGAUAUCAUUAACAAAGAAAUUGGUAAUGCAAACUCUUUGCUCACUAAAGAAUUCCAUAGAAAUUGUAACUUCAUAAAAGAAACAAAUACUUACAUGAUGAGAGUACCUAGUGAAAAUCUAAAAAUAUUACACUCUAUUUUGGCUGCUCUUUAUAAGAAUGAAGCUACCCGGGAAUUGUUAACAACAUUACCAAACCUAAUUUGGGAAAAUUUACUUUCACCUAUGAUUGAAUAUUGGUGUGAAAUUUCAGAACUUCAAAAGAAGGAAUUUUUAUGCAUACAAGUGAUCAUCAGGAAAAAUAAAGAAAAUAAAUAUGAGGAAGUGUAUAAGAAAAUAUCUACAUUGGUAGACUAUUUAACAAAAUAUUUUGAAUGUGAAAUUGAUCAUGAUUUGAAGUUAUUGUAUUUUAUUGGGGUUCUUUUGAGAGAACAGUUGUCAAAAGCAAUAUUGCAAAACUGCAUUUUGAAAGAAAUUCCAAAAGACUGGAAAGAUAUACCCCAAUUUAAAGCAAAUUUAAUAAUGUCCACGGAGAAAUUAGAAAAGAAGUUGAAUCCUCAUGGUUUCAUAGACGGACACUGGGACUGGGUGGAUGGAAUAGAACAGUUUUAUGCAGAAAAAAAAUGUAAAUACUACAGUGACAAGGCGAAAGAACUUAUGAAGAAAGAUUUACAUAAUAUGAUUGAAGUUGGUACACCAUAUGAUUCAAAAAAAUCAUUACUAGAAACAGAUGAAGUCUUAUGUUGUUCAAUAUCAUCGUAUAUUCCGGAUUUAAUAAAAUUAGGAAAUGAGUUGAUAAAUGAAAUAUCUGAAGGACCUGCUGAAAACUGUGGAGUUUUAUUUAAUACAUAUAAGGGUAUUUUCUUCAAUUAUGGUGAUUUUGUAGCAAGCUACCACCAAAAAUUAUUAGAAACCAUUCCUCAACAAGUUGCUCUAUUCUAUAACAAUUGUAUUUACUUGUAUAAACAACUCCAGAAGUGGGAUGAAACAUUUGAAAAUCACGAUGUUAUAAAUGAAUUUCAUGAUGAUUCCUGCAAAGCAUUCUAUCAAGUGGAAGAAGUUGGAAGAAUUUUUUUCGAUAGCUUUGUUAGAGAACAGAAGGAACAAAUCCAAAUAAUUUUGAAGGGAACAAAUCUUCAAUCGAAAAAAACAUUAGAAAAUUUGGAGGAAAAUACAGAAAAACUGUUCAGGCAAUGCUUACGACAGCAAGAACUUUUAAAAACUGUUUGGAGCAAGGUUUUAUCUUAUCCUAUUUAUAAUCGAACAAUUGGAGAUAUUUUGAACACAAUGUGUAAUUUUCUUAUAAACUCUCUUGUAGUUCUUGAAGAUAUUGGUGCUGUGGUUGCAGAAAAUUUGAUAGAAUUAUUCAAAAUUGUUCUCAACAGAGGUGUUAAAUUGUUCACUGAUCCUAAUGAAGUGUUUUUAUAUGUCCCACAAUGGCAUAAGUUCAAUGAAUUAAUAUUUGUUCUUGGAGCUUCAUUAUUAGAUAUCAGCGAUAGAUGGGCCGAUGGAAAGGGUCCUCUGGCAUUACAGUUCACUCCUUAUGAAUUGAAACAAUUAAUAAGGGCUUUGUUCCAAAAUAGUGAUAGAAGAGAUGCAGUUCUUUCCAGGAUACACGAAUGAGUGAGCUUUUUCGUAAGGCUCUAAUAGUAAAUAUUUCAUUUGUUUUCAGAAGAUACAUCUGAAAGGUCUAUUAUUCUACCACAGACUGUGGAAGUUAUCUGUGAUUUAUAUUCUAUAGUUUUAAUAAGAAAUUAAAUUUAAAACUUGUGGUGGUUUUAAUUAAUUUUAUUUUAAUAAAUUAUUAUUCUUA